ACGCGAUUGAGCAAGUGCACGGGCCGUCAAAAAUAGGCGCGGCAGGCGACGAUGCACCCGCCGAAAUGCGCGCAGAACAUGGAGCAACGGCUCGCGGCGCUCCGUCGAGAUCAAGAGAUCGACGGGUUGCGUGUGUAUUUGAUAAAGUACAACCUGUUUCCUCGGAACCGUGACCCGCAGAACUCCCCCAUUCGCAUUGAAGAACUCAAGGAAUUGGUGAAACAUUGGAAACUCCAUCGACAGCGGGGAUUUUGGCGGGAUCACCCCGAGAAAGACGACCUUGUCCGCGCGCUCCUUCAGCACAUUCGAACAGAGGCCAGUAGCAAGAAGCGUCGCCAGGAUGCGCAAGACAAAUUCCGCAAGGUCAAUGGUGACCUCGACAUCGAUCAACAACAGGCGAAUGCCAUGACAACGUCUGCCUCGUCACCAAGUUUGUUGUCCCCGUCUGGCCAGAUAAACGAGAUGCGAAUGGGCGACAAAACUUCGACUGGAGACCUCUUCUACACCCGUGGCCACUACGACGAGGGACUGAUCUAUUUGUCGCGGAUGGAAAAGUCCAAGCAAGUGCACAAAAUGCAACACGAGCACAACGACGACUUGCGCGUUGUGGCUGAGAAAGAGCUCGACUUGCUGGCGCACAUGAAGGACAAAGAAGCAACGGCGAAUUUGUCCAAAGACAUGAAGCUGAAAUGCUCCGAGGGCCUGUACAAUGUGUCGUGCUACCCCAACAAUGAAUCGCAAAUGCUAGCGGAAGGGGCGGUCCCGAUCGUGUCUGGCCUUCUCAAGAAUCUCGCGAGCGACGACGUCCACGUUCGCCUGUACUGCGCAGCAACGCUUCUCAACUUGUCGAUGACCCCCGCGUCCCGCGCACUCAUGGUGGACCAAGGCGCGAUCCCGCUCGUACUGGAGCUCGCGCACGCCAACAAUAUCACGUGUAAACUCUGUUGCGCCCACACGUUGUUUCGUUUCUCGGGCGACGAAGACAUCCAUUUUCAUUUGGUGCACGACGGGUGUGUCAUGGCGCUUCUCCAGCUCAUGGCAGUCGCCCACGACGAACUCAAGGAGCUCUGCAUGAAAGCGCUAAUCAACUUGUCUGUCAUCCCCCGCAGCACGUCCAGCGAUACCGUCCUCAGCACACUCAUUUCGCUCGCCAAAGUCGACAACGCCGCCAUCAACUUGGUGUGUGCCAAGGGUCUCCUCAACCUGUCUAUCAUGCCGACGACCCGUGUCAACGUCGUCGAAGAUGGCGCGAUCCUGGCGCUGAAGAUCCUGUGUUCAUACCAGCAAAUUCAAGUGAGUGAGCUCGCCAGCGCCGUCUUGUGCAACUUGGCCGCAGUCCGGGCCAACCAGGAGUGCAUGGUCAAGAAUGGCGCGCUGGCAGUGUUGGUCGAAUUGUUUGAGUUGCCGCAACGCAGGCUGGGCAAGCCACACCAGGCCGCCACGCCCGAAGGUUCCUCGUCGGACACGGGAUCUGGCGCUCCGUUUGAUUUGCAUGCCCUGUACACACUCAAAGCAAAGUGGAUUCAAAACGAAUGCGCGUCGUUACCCGCCCUGACCCCAGACCAAUCCGUCAUGUUGGACAUCCACAUGCAGUGCGCGACCACGUUGAGCUACUUUAGCUGCAACACCAAGCUCCAACCGCGUCUGGUGUCGGCCGGGUUUGUUCCUCGAGUGCUCGGGCUUCUCGCCAUGCGCCACGAUGACACGACUAAGACGGUGACUCUGAUUUUGUCCAACCUGGCGUCGCACGAGUCGUGCCGCGUCCACAUGGUGGCUGACGGAUGCGUCCGCCCGAUUAUUUCGCUCAUGUCGUCCAACAACGUCGACAUGGUGGUCAAGCAAGACUGCGUCAUCGCGCUGUGCAACUUGAUGUUGCAUCCCCAAACGUACAAGGAAAUGGUCGACGACGGCGUCGUGCCUGCGCUCGUGGCAUACUCGGAGAACCCGCACCCCGACAUCCAAAAGUCGUGUGCGUUUGCACUCCUUAGCUUGACCAUGGACACGGGCAUGAAAGCCAAACUGGUCGGUCAGGGGGUCAUCGUUGCUCUGAUCAACCUCGCCGACCGCUGUGCGUCCCGCGUCGACCUGCGUGCUGCGUGCGUAUGCGCGCUCUUUCAACUGUCCACGGACCCCGACAACGCCACUGCACUCUUCUACGACGGCACGCAGACCGUUGCAAUCACCGUGUUGAACGAACCAAUUUCACCGACGCAGCCCGCCGUAAGCCACCGCAUGUGGAUGCACGCGCUUGCUCUGCUCUCCAACAUGGCCACGUACGACAAAGGUCGAAGCGUCCUCGUCGACGACGGUGCUGUCGAUGCCGUCCUUCGAUUUCUGCAGGCGCAUACGAACGUGCGGACCAAAGCGUGUGCCAGGUACGUUGCUCGCGCGCAAUCGUUUGCAGCGUCCAUGCUGUGCAAGCUCCGCGACGUUGCCAGCAUGCACUCGGGGUACUUUGCUUCGCUCUUGGCGCUGGCGUCGACGCAUACGCUGUCGUCGAGUUCGUCCAGUCGAAGCGACGUUGGCGCGGUCGUGACCACGUUGCGCUGUGCUCUGGCGUUUGCACACAUGUCUGGCAGUAUGAAAGGCCGCCGCCUCAUGGCAAACCACCCGGACGUUGCCCCAGGACUGAAUAGCAUGAUGCGGACGGGCCACCACGAAACGCAGCUCUACGCAGCCAUCGGGCUUUGCAACUUAGCCAUGGAGAGAGGCGCAACCCCCGACCGCAUUUGGGCAGACAACACAGUCAGCGACUUCAUUGUCGUGGCACUUCUUCGCGUCAACAGCGACGAGACAAAGCUCAAGUGCGCCAAAGUGCUGUUCAACUUGCUCACGCACGACGACACGAGGGAAAAAUUGAUUGUCGAUGGUGUGUUGUACGCCCUGAUCAAACUCGCCAAGCUCGAGAUCGACACGAUCCGGGAGCUGUGCCUCCAAUCGAUCUACAACAUUUCGCUCGAGCUGGGCAAAGUUCAGCGCCUCGUCGACAUGGAGAUUGUCCGCAUCCUGAGCACCAUGUUCCAAACCGACCAUUCCAAGGAAAUGAAACGACUCGUAUGUGGCAUUCUUAGCAACAUCAGCGCCGUCGCGGGCAACGAGCGACAGCUCGUUCACGAAGGGGCGCUCGCCAUCAUUGCAUCCCUUGUCAAAGCUCGCGACCCCGAAACCCGAGUGUAUUGUGCCAGCGCGUUGAGCAACUUUAGCUGCAACCCGGAUGUGGCCGAGUUUAUGCUGAAGGACGAAGGCAACAUCGUUGCGAUCCUCAUCUCGCUCUCCCGCGCCGAGAGCAAGGACAUUCGACGGUAUGCGACGGGCGCGAUCUCCAACUUGAGUGCGUCUCGCCUCGGCGUCGACGUGAUGACGCGAGAAGGCAUGAUCGGGGCCAUGCGCGAGCUCUUAAAUCGCAUCACGUGCGACGUCACGCUGGCAUUGUGUGUUCGUGCGUUGCGCAACCUGAUGGUGGACCCCGACAACCAAGCCAAGCUCGUGGCAUGCCAUGGGGUCCAAAUUCUAUCCAACUUGAUCGAAGCGGCCAGUGUCCCCGCGGAUGAAUCGUUGGCGCCCGAUGGAAACGAAGGCAAGUCUAGUCCGCAACAUGCCAAUCCCGCCGUCGCGGCAGCCCUUGCCCAACACCGCAAGGACACGGGCAUCAUUUGCGCCGAGUUGCUCUGUCUUUUGUGCACCAAUGCAGGCGUCGAGCUCCAGCUCGUGGAAGAUGGAAUCGUUCGCGCGCUGACGGCCAUUUCAAAGCAAAAUCCCGCAAGCGCCUCGGCCAAGCUCGACAUCAUCAGUUGCUUCAGUUCGUUGUCGAAAAACCCGCUCGGCCACGACCAGAUGCUCAAAGAUGGCAUCAUGGAAGCUAUCGUUAGCUUGUGUAUGGACAACGACGACCAGUCCAUGAUGCUCCGGGCAUCGUUGAUACCACGACUCGGAGAAGCAUUUGUCUACCACAUGAUCCUGACCAUGCGCAACUUGACGAGCGCAAAAGACACGAUGCAACCGUCGCACGCGGAGGGCGCGCCGCCCGUGCACAGCCAUGAUGUGAAUCGGGCGCGGGUGUCGUCGCAAGCAAAUGCAAUUGCAAUCCUCCUCGCGUGCGCAACCUCCAGUCAACCCGACACCCGAGAGCACGUUGCGGUCACGUUGUUCAACUUGAGCUGCCACCGCCGGUCGCGGGGCCUCAUCAUUUCAAACGAAGGGGUUAAGGUUCUCAUCCGCCUGGGGCAGAAUGCCGGCGGCCAGAAUGCUGCAAUGAUGAAACACGUGUGUGCCCUGGCGUUGCAAAGCAUGUCGACUCACCAGGAUGCCAACAUCAUGCAACCUGGCUUGAUCUUGGCCAUGACAGCGUCCAUGACGGACCUCAACGUGGCAUCGAUCACUGCUCAAAUGAGUGAAUCGAUUGCCAAGAAGACCGCGGCUGUCGUCGCACCCGUCCAGUUUUUGAAAAACCGGACGCUCACGACUUUCCUUGCCGGGGCCAAUUUUGCCAUCCACCAUCGUGGCACGCCGGCCGACUGGACCCAAGUACCAGCAAAAUUGCCCCCGGACGACGGGAUUCAGGCCCUGUUCCAAGCGGACGAGCAUGCUGAAGCCGCAGAGCAGGACGUGGACAACAAACAAGUGUUGGCGGCGUCAGCGCCGCGCGCUUGCAACCUCGACGCGACCUGUGGAACCCUCACAUUCCUUCAGGACGACGUUCUUACCAAAAAUAAGAUGCUCUUGGGGCCACAUGGCCAAGAUUUGCUGCAUGGACGCCCCAAGAGCUCGUUGAACAGUGUGGACAUGCUCCAUCCAGUAUCACCAUUGCCAAGCACGAACCACGAGAAAGACAUUCCAAAAGAGUCGAACAGCAUCAUCAAAAGCGAUCCAGAAGUCAUCGUGCAAGGCCGUAGCUCUGCCGCUCAAGUUCGUAAGGAAGCCACCAAAACGUUGAAGCCGGCAACGCCUCCCAGUCCCGUGCGCAGUCCGUCCAAGAAACAGCUCCAAGCGCGUCUGGAACCGAUUCAGUAAUGCAAUCGUAAACGUGCUACCCACCCUCUUGCA